AUGUUCCCGGCGUGCGGGCGGGACGCCGGGGUCGACCCGACGAGGUGCGUGCGGGUCCUUCCCAGCGAGCGCGUGGACACUGGCGGCUUUUUCGCCGCGGCCCUGACCAAGCGGACCGCCGCUGGGCCGUGCGCGGGCGCGGGCGCCGACGCGGGGGCGAAGGCGUGGUGGCAGCUGUGGGCGGCGUGUCGCUUCGACUUUGCGCGGCUGAAGCGGACCACGCGUGAGGCGCCGGCCGUGCUCAACUUCUUCGGGCUGCUGCACGAGGAGGCGGCAGCCCGCGCGCACGGCGUCGAGCGCUUCCCGCUGGAGGCCGUCGCCUGGGCGCCGAAGCGCACCCGGUGGGCCGGCGGCCUCCUCGUCCUGGCCGCCGCGCCGCUGCAGGGGCUGCAGCACCACGCUGGCCUGCCAGUGGCGGGAGGAGGCAUGCCGCUGCUGGUGCGCAUGCGCGACGACUGCGCGUGGGCGCGAAACGCGGGGCUCUCAGACGGCAGAGACUUCUUCACCUGGCGCCCGGAGCCCGGCGCGUCGGCCGCCUUCCUCGCGCGCUAU